GCACUGCCUUCUGCUCUAGACGAACGCAGCCAAAAAACUUCAAUUUUUGAUAGCAGUAAAUAAAAAUCACAAAAAUUUUCCAUAAAAAUGAUGAAAUUUAAGUUAAAAGUCUUAUUAGAAUAGUGAAAUUAGUGCAAAAUGAUGUCCUCUCACGAUGCAUCGAAUGUAGAAGAAAGUACCGAGUGUCCUGCAGUGGAAGGAGCAUCAAACAGUAUUAACCACAGCGAAGAAAAUGUUCAGCCUCAGGAAGACCAAAUCCACGAAGGCAAAAGACGAGGACGACCUCGAAAACAGCGUCCGGCAGUUUUGUCGCUAGAAGACUGUGAUUUGGAUCCGGUCGAAACGUUUGAUAACUCUGAUGACGAUAAAGAAUACGUUCCGGCCAAGGACAGUGAUGACGAAGGGGAUGAAAAGCAGAAAGCUCCGAGCGUCCGAAAAAGAGGUCGCCCCCGAACAAGACCGGAAAAAACGCCUCCACAGGAAAAGAAGAAAAGGGGUAGACCCAAGGAUGAAUCUAAAACCAAUGUUGCCUGCCAGGUUUGUGGGAAGAUUUUCAAGUUUCGUCAUCAGUUGGAACCGCACGAGAAAAUGCACUUUGGAAUUAAGGAGUUUGAGUGCGAGUUCUGUCAAAUGCGAUUUGUCCAGAAGGGAGCCCUUAUGGUGCACCGAAGAAAGCACACUGGAGAACGCCCCUUCAAGUGUCCCUAUUGUCCGGAAGCCUUCGCGAUAAAGUUAUCGUUGAUUAAUCAUACGUUCAAGCAUACGCAGCAGGGAAGCGACUGUCCCGAGUGCCCUGCAAAGUUUCCUACGGUAUACGCCAUGAAGCAGCACUUGGAACAGGUGCACACGGGGAUGAGACCACACGUUUGUCAGUAUUGCGGAAAGAGCUACAAGAAUCGAAGGGAAUUGAAUCGCCACAUCGACGGUCACGAUAGGCGAAUUUGCACGAUUUGCGGUAAGGUGUUCGAUACGAUGUACGCAUUGAAGACUCACAUGCACGUGCAUGACGACGGUCCGAGGUGUUCCUUGUGUAAUCGGCUGUUCAAGACUGAAGAAGAAUUGCAAGCCCACGGUAAAUUACGAGGAAGGGCUUAUCAGUGUGAGCUAUGCUGUUACAGCUUCAACAAGGCGGAAUUUCUUAGCAAUCAUCACCGGAGAAAUCACUGGAAAGUGUUGGGAUUGGAACAACUGGUGUGGAACUUUCCACCGCGAGCUAAGAAACCGAAACCACCGAAGAAAGUUAAAGUUCCGCUACCCAUUGUUCAGAUUGUAACUGCGGUGCAGCCAUUACCCCCCAAAGUGAAAGAGAAUCUCCAAUUAGUUGAGCUGGACCAGACAAAUGCAAUAAAGCCGGCAGAAAACAAUGCAAUAAAACCGACAGAAAUGGUUUCACUGACUACCAACACGAUUGUGGAAUCUUCAUCAGUUGGAGUAGAAUCUAAGGCUUCUGAAAUCAACGAACCCAAGGAGGAAACUACAGAAACUCAAGACCAAUCAGAUUGCGAUUUUACCUACGCAGAGGACGACGUUCCGCACAACGAUGAUUCAAAUUCCGACCAAGGUGAUGCUCCGGAAACGAAGAAAUCCAUUGAGGAAAAGCCCACCGGUGAAGUGGUGGAAAUCAAAGUUGAUGUAGACGUAGAUAUGGAAGCCUUUGCUUUACCGGAAGAAAUCUUUGUAAAAGAAGAGGAAGCAGAUGACGAGGAAACUCAUCAAAAUAAUCUCGAAGAAAGCGAAUUCAAUGUGUUGGAUGUCAAAAAGGAAGAAGAAUCGUCUGACAGCGAUGAAGACGAUAUCCCGCUGGCGUUACUACGUUCUAAGCGCAAGAAAAAACUACUCUCAGAUGGCGAAGAUGAAGCAUUCAAAUCAGAUGAGGAAAGUAACGACAAAGAUAGUAGGGGACGAAAAGCAGCGAUUCGUAAAAAGAAACGAACACGCCUGAAGCCGGAAAUAGUUAUCCAAAACAUUAAAAGAAAAGUUGGACGGCCCAGAACAUCAACUGGCACAAAUUUGGCAUGCACUACCUGUGGAAGAGUUUUCAAAAGUGAAAAUAUUUUAAAACGUCACGAAAGAAUUCACCUCGGAAUUAAAGAAUUUGAGUGCAAGUAUUGUCAAAGGCGUUUCUUGGAAAAGGGAGCGCUUGCCAUUCACAUUCGAUUGCACACCGGAGAAACGCCGUACCAAUGCACACACUGCCCGGCCAGUUUUCGAACUCGUUACAUCCUCGAGUACCACAUGUUCAAACAUACGAAGCAGGGCACCAGAUGUGAGUUGUGUUCCAAGAUGUUCCCGACGGCAUCGAUCGUCAAGCAGCACAUUAAGAAUGUCCACAUCAGAAAGAAAAUCUACGGCUGUCAGCUUUGCGAUAAGAGCUACAAGUACGAGAAAAGUUUGAAGAAACACAUGUCGAGGCACGAGGAUCAAGAGUGCAAGGUUUGCGGAGAGGUCUGCAAUGGACGAACUGCACUAAGGGAGCACAGAAAAACAGCUCAUCCAAAGCCGGUAGCCAAACCUGCGCCAAUAAUGUGCGAACUAUGUGGCAAAUCCUAUGCGAAUUUCUCGGCCCUGGCUGCUCACCGCGGCCAGCACGUAGAAUAUCAUCGAUUCAAGUGUGACGAAUGUCCGAAAGCGUUUUUCUUCAAGGGACUCCUCGAGACUCACAAGCGAAUACAGCACCGAGGGGAGCGAUUCAUUUGUUCCUUGUGCGGUAGGCAAUUCAAAUAUUCCGCAGAUCUCAAACGUCACAGUCAACAGCACGUCGAAGACAAACCCUUCAAGUGUGACGUAUGUCCGGCAGCCUACCGGCAUCCCAGUACUCUACGCAGUCACAAAGCGAUGCAUAACAAUACGAUUUAUUCGUGCGUGCUCUGCCCCAAACAGUUCCGUACUAAGGAUGGAUUACGUAUCCACAAACGCCUGCACACCGGCGAAAGGCGCUACCGUUGUGAAGUUUGCAAUCGGACGUUCAACCAGAAGGCCCCGCUGAUGAAGCACAUGUCGAUCCAUUCGGUGGACCGGCAGCUCAAGUGUAUUGUUUGUGACCAGAUCUACUACAAAAAGGUCGAGCUGACCAUACACCACGCUAAGGAACACCCCAACCAUCCUUUGAUCGGGAAAACUGUUACGGUUCACACUUGCAACAUUUGUGGGAUGGAGUUCACCAAGAAGAAUCUUCUGGCGCAGCAUGCCGAUAUCCACGGGGACGAGUGCAAGUUCAAAUGUGAUAUGUGUGAGGAUCAGAAGUUUAAGCAGAUGGCCGGUCUGAAACAUCAUUGGAAAAAAUUUCACGGCAUGGAUCCUCCUAAAAGGGAGCAGAAUAAGAAGUCGGACAAAAAUCCUAAGAAAGCAGAAGGUAGCGAAUUUAAACCUCCCUCACCACUGGGAGUUGACAAUGUUUUCCCAUUUAUGAUGCAACCGAUAGAGUGUGAAUCGACAUUCGAGUACUUCUCCCAAUUUCGACGCACGAUCAACCUUCUCGACAUGAUGCGCUUAGAUAUCGGCGAUGUCGGCAUGAUCCGCGCUAUCACUGCUGGAAACGUCCAUCUGAAGGGUGAUCUCCAACAAGAUCUCAUAUCAGCAAAGAACCGUAACAACGGAUAUCGUAUCUUCAAGCGGAAUAACGUCAUGCCUCGAGGGCGUCCUCGCAAUUCGAAGUUCUCGGAUUGCGUCACUAAUGCUGAAGAGAUAACGUCACGGGAGGAAGCAGCAUUGGGACCGGUCUUAGACAAAGCGUCGCCCAAACGACAGUUCAGCAGUAGAAAAUCCCGCGGUAGGCCUCGACAACCACGUCCGGAUGUUCUGAUCCCAGAGGAAAAUGCUGAUUUGAAACGCAUCGAUAAACAAGAAUCGGUUGAACGAUUAGAAGUAAACCAUUCGGGUGAAUUAGCUCAGAAAAAGUCUAAAGGACGUCGAAAAGGAGAAAAAUCCAACGUGGUAUGUGAGUUCUGUGGAAAGAUAUUCAAGUUCCGUGCCACCUUGAAGCAACAUGAACAAAUUCACUACGGGAUCAAGGAGUACGAGUGUGAGGUGUGCAACAGGCGUUUCCUGCACAAGGGCACGCUCAAGGUGCAUCUUCGGAUGCAUACCGGCGAGAAACCGUAUAAGUGCCCUCAUUGUCCGAAGCAGUUCCGCGGUCAAACGGCGUUGGACUGUCACAUAUUCCGGCACACCAAACAGGGUACCAAAUGCCCCCAGUGUCCGUCGAUCUUUGCGACGCCAUCUAUCGUCAAGCAGCACAUUCGAGAGGUUCACACGACGGAGCGGGUGAAUACUUGCCAGAUAUGUGGCGUUACUUACAAACAUCUGAAAAGUUUGAGGUUGCAUCUGCGAAACCACCAAAAGCGCGUUUGCCCGGAUUGUGGGAAGAUUUUUCAUAGUGUGUAUGCCAUGAUGACGCAUCGAAAGAUACACGCCCAGGAUCAUUUCCAGUUUAAGUGCAGCUUCUGCGACAGGAAAUUCGAGAAAGAAGACGAACUGGUUGCCCACGGUAAGCUUCGGGGUCGCACCUAUCAGUGCGACAUGUGCUGCCACAGUUUCAAUAAGGCGGAUUAUCUGGAGAAUCACAAUCGGCGCAAUCACUGGAAGGAAAUGGGAUUGGAUCAACUUAAAAUUGCGCCGCCGAAGAACGGUUGGAAUCGCAAAGGAGUUCCAAAGCCAAAGAAAAAGGGCACUGAAGAAAGUUUUGACGUUGAUUUGCCGGUUAUGGAGCCAGUAGAGGUGGCUUACCACGUAGAUGUUCCCGCUGUUUCGGAAACGUUGAUCAAUUGGGUUGAUGAUCCUCAAGGGCCAUAUUCUUAUUCAAUAUACAGCGUUCCUCAAGAUGUUCCGCUAACGGUGGAACCAUUCUGCCAACCUGCGGAAACGAGUUCGAUUUUGGAAAUCGAACCCGAUGAGUUUGAUAAGACACCGCACUUGGAACGAUUGGAACAAGGUCAUGAUGAGCUUCGACUGGAGUGCGAUCAUGAUUACGCUGGGGAUGACUUUAAUUGUGGGAAUGAUUACAGUACUGAAGAUGCACCGAGCGAAGGCAAUGUUGUGGAUGAACCGAAAACGGAAAUGAAGGAUGAACCAGAAGCAGCAGGUGAUGAAAAUCUGGUGAUGUGCGCGGUGCCAUCAGAGGACCCUGCAUGUAAGGAUGGUACAGUGCCAAAAAUAGAGAAGACCAACCAGGAAGAACAAAUAGACGCUUCCGUAGAAAUAAAAGACGCUGAUUCUUGCACAGAUGAAGAUGAUACGAAACCAUUAUCGAUAUGGAUUUCAAAGCGGUCACCAAAAACUCGAAAAAUAUCUUUUUCACCUCAGAAUGAACAACUAAAUAAUCAAACCACAGUUUUCGAGCAAACACCCCUGCUUAUCAAGGAUGAGCCUCAUGUAGACGAACAAAUCGUAGACUUACCAACAUGCCUUCCUAAUACAAAGAAGAACCCUGCUGUCGAAACAUCGGACGGGAAGACAUCUCAAAAGUGCAAACGGCGACGGAAAUCUGAAGUGUUCAAAGAUGACCUUUCUAAAAGAAAGGAAAUGCUCUGCCCUUUUUGUGGAGAUUCCUUCAAAGGUCGACUGCAACUCAGUAAUCACAAAAAGACUGUGCAUCCGGAACUGAAGCCACAUAAAGGGCCAUUCAUAUGUGAAAUAUGUGGCAAGUCGUAUGCCAACAUUACUUCUCUGGUUUGCCACCGAAACCGCCACCAGGAGUACCAACGCUACCAGUGCGACGAAUGUCCGAAAGCCUUCGCCUUCCGCUGCUAUCUGGAAACACACAAACGUGCCGAGCACUUGCACGAACGCUUGAUUUGCUCGCUCUGCGGGAAACAGUUCAAGUACAGCCAGGACCUGAAGGUUCACAUGCGUCAGCAUGAAGACGACCGGCCGUUCAAGUGCGAUCAGUGUCCGUCCGUUUUCCGAUAUCCGAGUGCUCUCCGUUCGCACAAGGCAUGGCACGAGCAAACUUUGUUUACGUGCGACAUCUGCAGCAAGACUUUCAAGUACGCGAAUAGCCUGCGGGUGCACAAGCGGUUACACAGCGGCAUCAAACGGUUUCGCUGCGAAAUUUGCGACCGGGAGUUCAACACCAAAGCUCCGCUGGUGAGGCACUUGGCAACCCACUCGAUCGAGCGGGAAAUGAAAUGCAUAGUCUGUGAUAGGAUAUUCUACAAGAAGGUGGACUUGGUGAUUCACCAGUCGAAGGAGCACCCAAACGAUCCGGUCAUUGGCAAAACAAUUAAGAUCCACAAGUGCGAAGUGUGUGGGCAGGAAUUCGCCAAAAAGAGUAAUAUGAAGGCACAUUCCUAUAUUCACGGGGAUGUGUACAAGUUCAAGUGUAAGCUCUGUGAGGGUCAACAGUUUAAGCAGCAUGCCGGGUUGAGGCAUCACUUGAUUCAUUUCCACAAAAUGGACCUCUCUAAAAAGAAAUCUGAAGAGGGAAACGAGAAAGAGAAAGCGCAGGAGAAGGAAGAUCAACAGAGUUCGAUGGUGGAUGCAACGCUGACGCCGGCCGUCAGCAUUGUGCACAAUGGAAUGAAGUUUAUGGUGCAGCAGAUUCAAUGUGAGUUGCGGAUCAAAAAAGGUGGCAAACGAUUCGAAAUAGCUUGCUACAAAAACAAAGUGGUAUCGUGGCGAACCGGAGCGGAAAAGGACCUGGACGAAGUGCUGCAAACCGGAUCAGUAUUCACAAACGUUUCCAAGGGUGAGGUGGCCAAAAAAGAAGAUCUGCUGAAAGCAUUUGGAAAGGAUGAUGUCAUCGAAAUUUGCAAGGAAAUUCUGACCAAGGGUGAGUUGCAGAUAUCCGAAAAGGAGCGACACGACCAGCUGGAAUCAAUGUUCAAGGAAAUUGCUACCAAUGUGGCCGACCGUUGCGUCAAUCCGGAAACGAAGCGACCCUACCCGGUUUCUAUCAUCGAAAAAUCCAUGAAGGAUAUUCACUAUUCGAUCAAGCCGAAUCGAAAUGCGAAGCAGCAAGCACUCGAGGUGAUAAAACUGCUACAGGAGACAAUUCCGCUUGAGAGAGCCAAGAUGCGUUUGAAGGUCACGCUACCGGGGAAGGAUGCCAAGCGGCUGAAGGACAAGGUCACCAAGCUGUGCUCCCCGGUGGAAGCUGAGGACUGGGAAGGGGAUAAGCUGGUGCUGACUUGUUUGAUCAAUCCGGGCCACUAUCGGGAGAUGGACGAAAUCGUUCGGACGGACACGAAGGGGGCCGGAAAUUUGGAAGUGCUGAAUCUGAAGGAAAUUAAGGAGGCGUCUAAGGUAGCCCAAAACGGUGAUAUUGUCACAGCUAUCGGAAACGACGAUGACCAAGAUGACGAUGAUGAAUCCAUCGAUGCUGACUUUAAUGGAUUUGAAACCGCCACAUCCAACGAGGAAGAUGACCAGAACAAUACAAUCCGUGCUAUCUUCGAUCAUAAUCCACCACAAGCUAUCGAAGGACAGGAGAAGUUUUAUCAUAGUACACCCGGCAUUCGUCGAUUCAACCGUGCCAGCAAAGGAAUUCGGCAACAGAGGUUCCGUGACACGCAGAAAUGUUUCCUUUGUAAUCACUGCCCAAAGCGAUUCCGAAUAAAAGCUCAAUGUGAGCUGCACAUCAGUUCUAAUCACAAGAAUUACUCUGAAGAUAUAUUCCGGAAGCGCUCUGAUAAUCGUCAGGAUGAUGAUAAACACAUUUCCAAAGCAAAGAGUAAGCACCAUUGCGUGGUCUGUGGAGCAGACUUCGCUCGGGUAUCCUUUCUGCGAUUACAUUGGACGAAAUCGCAUCUAAAAGAACACGGUCCUUUAGAAGCCGAUAACCCUGUGUCCGACGAUCGAUCGCAAACAGAUAUGAUUCAGCAGUGCCAGAUCUGUUCAGUGGAGUUCAAAUCGGAAGCUGCCCUGAAGAAGCAUUUGGACAAACAUGCUGAAGCCGGCAAAAAGAAGUCAUACCCCUGUACGAUGUGCGAGUCCAACUUCACUAGUCGCGAAGGACGAAGGGUGCACAUGAUAUUGAAACACAACGCGGGUAAAACCUAUAAGUGCGAGCAGUGCCCGAUGAUUUUCGCCAGAAUGGGCAAUCUGCGUCUGCAUAUGACCACACACGGAAUUCGGCCGCACGUUUGCAGUAUAUGCGGCCAAUCGUUUGCCCGGCUAGAGAGCUUGAAGAACCACGAAGAAGCGUGCGCCGAAGGCAAGCGAGGUCUCAGCUGCGCAGUGUGUAGUCAGCGAUUUCGAAAGCCGGAACUUUUGGACAAACAUCUCCAGCAGGGUCAUCCGGAGAAGGACUUCCAGUGUCAGCAUUGUGGACAGGAAUUCGAAACCGCGCGGGCAUUGAGCCACCAUGUGAGGGUGCACGACGGGACGUUCCGUUGUGAGCACUGUUCGAAAAAUUUUGUGACGGAGAAGGCACUGCGGAACCACGAGAAGAGUCGACACUGGGACAUCUUGGGUAUAGAGCGUGUGAUUGGGAAGCAAGGUCGGCGCAAGGAUGCACAACCGCGGCAACCAAAGGAGCACGUGCGGAGGAACAAGAAUCGCCCGUUUCUGGGGUUGGAGCAUUUAGCGGCAUUGACAGAUAAUAUUUGCGAAGAAGAAAAGUCCACUGAAACCGAGAGUGUAAAUGAUGUUAAAUUAGAAGAUUCAGUAGAGAUGCCAGAUGAAACAAAAACCAUCGAAACAGAUGAUCAAACAUUUGAAGAUGUAAAAGUAAAAAAUGAUACUAUUGAACAGAAUUGUUACAAUAUUGAAGAUGAUUUACAAUUAGGAGAGGAUAGUUUGAAGUCAGAAAUACAGCACGUGGAGAUUCAAAUAGAUGAGCCAACAUUUGAUUCUUCUUCUGAAGAGCCUGACGACGCAGCACAUGAUGUUGAACCGUCAGUUGCUAGUGAUCACAAUUACUCUGGUGCCGAUCUAAAUCAAACUAGUGCUUCUGAUUCCGACGACAUCAAACGCCCCAUAGUUCGAACAAAACGAAAAUCUCGUCGGAAACGGGCUCCAGCUGCACCGAUUAAGAAUCCGUGCCCGAAAAAGUACAAAUGUGAUGACUGCGACAAAAGCUUUGCUCACCGUACUUGGUGGGGUGUUCACCGAGCCAAAGCUCACGGCAUUCACGAAGACAUCAAGCCAACCAAGGCGAAUCGGAUACACUUCUGUGACGAGUGUCCGAAAAGUUUUUGCGAUUGGCGAAAUCUGGUCUACCAUCUGAAACACAUUCAUCAGAAGAAGAUUGAUCAGAAGCGAACUGUCUCUUGCAAGUCUUGCAAAAAGAAUAUGCUCAGUGAGAAAGAUUUGGAACUGCACACGUGCUUCACUCUUCGAGAUCGUCUACAUCGGCCAUCAGAGUUCAAAUGCGAUCUCUGCGAUAAGGCCUACGUCAGCAAGCAUGGUUUGGAGAGUCAUAGAUCCGUCCAUGAAGAAUAUCACAAAAUUAAAUGCGAUUUGUGCCAGAAGCCGUUUGCCAACGAUAAAGAUCUGAGCUACCACAAGAAGCGAGUGCACGUGGAAGCCAGUUUUGUGUGUGAAGUUUGUGGCAAAGCCUUCAAGGUUCAAAAUCAGUUGAAGACUCAUAUUCAGAUUCAUCUCAAGCUGAAGGGGUAUCAAUGUGAGUUUUGCGGUCGGGCUUUUGCCCAACGCAAUGGCAUGACUGCUCACUUGAGAAUCGCCCAUGCCGAACAGCUGGGUGAACAAGCAAUGGCCGAACGUGAAAUGGCUUGUCCCAUCUGCGAGAAAAAACUGAAAGGAAAAGUAUGCUAUCGACUGCACAUGAAAACGCACAACAAUGACCGCCCAUUUGCUUGCUCCUAUUGUAAAAAGCGAUUCAUUGCCAAUCAGGACAAACUCCGGCACGAGCAAACUCACACCAAAGAGUAUAAAUUCAAGUGUCGAUUCUGCGACAAAGGUUCAACCAGGCGCAAACUGAUUCUGCUCCACGAAGCGAAGGAACACAACGAGUUUAGUGCGGAAGCGAUCGGACCGCAGCAUAAGUGUACUUAUUGCGGACGGUGUUUCAGUUCACCGUCCGCAGUUGCCAUUCAUGAAUCGCUGCACAGCGAUGCCCUCCCGGUGGGAUGUGAGUUGUGUGAUCGUAGGUUUAAGAAUGUGAAAUAUAUGAAGUAUCACUUAAAAGCUCACCACAAACAAUCGGUUGAAAUGAAGAAAACUGAAACAGAGGCUUCCAUUAUCCAAGAAGCAAAACUGGAAGGAGAACAGGUUUCGAAUUCAAUUCCAAUGGACCAUGGGAAGAUCAACAAUUGUUUAAAUACUGCAGAUUCUGUGGAUCAACCUGAAAGUUGAAAAUUAGACAAACGCAUGCUUUUAUCAGUCUUAGUUAAA